AUGGAGCCGGAAGAGGGGACGCCGCUGUGGCGGCUGUAGAAGCUGCCGGCGGAGCUGGGCCUGCAGCUUCUUCACAAAAUAAUUGAUGGCAUUUGUGGCCGAGCUUAUCCUCUCUACCAGGAUUAUAACAGUAUUUGGGAAUCAAAAGAAUGGAAGAGUGUUCUAGAAGAUGUUACGAAAUUUUUCAAAGCGGUAGUUGGUAAAAAUUUAUCUGAUGAAGAGAUAUUUCAGCAGUUGAAUCAGUUGAACUCAUGUCAUCAAGAAGCGAUCAUGAAAUGCUUGAAAAGUAGGAAAGAUGAGAUCAAGCAGGCUCUGUUAGGAGAAAUAGUUGAUAUUUCCUCUGCACAACUACAGAAUUUUGAUUGGCAAUUAAAGCUUGCACUUUCUAGUGACAAGAUUGCUGCAUUACAAAUGCCACUUUUACAUCUUCAUCUAGAUGUAAAAGAAAAUGGUGAAGUAAAACCGUAUUCUGUUGAAAUGAGUAAAAAAGAGCUGCAGAAGCUAAUGAAUUCCUUGGAAGCAGCUAAUAAGGUGGUCCUGCAGUUGAAAUAACUGGAAAUGACGAACACCAGCGCUAUCAGAUUUUUCACCGCUGCAGUUGAUACGGCAGAGAAUGCCGUGUGUUCAGAAACCCCGCGAUGUCUUGACUGCUACACCGGCUUGGGGAAGCAGCAGCGUUGUGACUACAGAGAUAAAAAUUCAUCAGUAUCUCUGAAGAACAGGAAAUUACAUGGUUGACAGGAAAUGCAUAAAAUGAAAGACGAAAAAUCUAUAGUAGCUGUUUAUAUUUUCAUAAUGAUUGUUUUGCCUCAUCUGUUAAAUAUUUGCAACAUCUUUG